CAUUCAUAAAGUAUUCUGUUCCAGCUGCUGGAGGACAACAUCAUCACUUUUGUGAAGAACGAGCUGAAGAAGAUCCAGAAGGUUCUGAGUCCAGAUUACCCAGAAUGCUUAGAGAGUCGGAGGAGCAGCAGCAGAGAGGCAUUUGUGAAGAUCACAGUGGACUUCCUGAGGAGAAUGAAGCAGGAGGAGCUGGCUGACCGUCUGCAGAGCAGAACUACCAUUAGGAACUUCCAGUGGAGUAAGUGUGAACUCAAAUCUGCACUGAGGAAGAAGUUCCAGUGUGUGUUUGAGGGCAUUGCUAAAGCAGGAAACCCAACCCUUCUGAAUCAGAUCUACACAGAGCUCUACAUCACAGAGGGAGGGACUGCAGAGGUCAAUGAUGAACAUGAGGUCAGACAGAUUGAAACAGCAUCCAGGAAACCAGACAGACCAGAAACAACCAUCAGACAAGAAGACAUCUUUAAAGCCUCACCUGGAAGAGCUGAACCAAUCAGAAGAGUGCUGACAAAGGGAGUGGCUGGCAUUGGGAAAACAGUCUUAACACAGAAAUACAGCCUGGACUGGGCUGAAGACAAAGCCAACCAGGACAUCCAGUUCAUGUUUCCAUUCACUUUCAGAGAGCUGAAUGUGCUGAAAGAGGAAAAGUUCAGCUUGGUGGGACUUGUUCAUCACUUCUUUACUGAAACCAAAGAAGCAGGAAUCUGCAGCUUUGAAGACUUCCAGGUUGUGUUCAUCUUUGAUGGUCUGGAUGAGUGUCGACUUCCUCUGGACUUCCACAAAACUACAAUCCUGACUGACCCUAGAAAGUCCACCUCAGUGGAUGUGCUGCUGAUAAACCUCAUCAGGGGGAAACUGCUUCCCUCUGCUCGACUCUGGAUAACCACACGACCUGCAGCAGCCAAUCAGAUCCCUCCUGACUGUGUUGGCAUGGUGACAGAGGUCAGAGGGUUCACUGACCCACAGAAGGAGGAGUACUUCAGGAAGAGAUUCAGAGAUGAGGAGCAGGCCAGCAGGAUCAUCUCCCACAUCAAGACAUCACGAAGCCUCCAGAUCAUGUGCCACAUCCCAGUCUUCUGCUGGAUCACUGCUACAGUUCUGGAGGAUGUGCUGGAAACCAGAGAGGGAGGACAGCUGCCCAAGACCCUGACUCAGAUGUACAUCCACUUCCUGGUGGUUCAGGCCAAAGUGAAGAAGGUCAAGUAUGAUGGAGGAGCUGAGACAGAUCCACACUGGAGUCCAGAGAGCAGGAAGAUGAUGGAGUCUCUGGGAAAACUGGCUUUUGAUCAGCUGCAGAAAGGAAACCUGAUCUUCUAUGAAUCAGACCUGACAGAGUGUGGCAUCGAUAUCAGAGCAGCCUCAGUGUACUCAGGAGAGUUUCUGGCUGCUCUUCAUGUCCAUCUGACCUUCAUCAACUCUGGACUCAAUCUAAUGGAAGGACAACAAACAACGUCCAAGCGGUCUAACUUUUUUAGAAAAAAAGAGUCUCUCCACCAGAGUGCUGUGAACAAGGCCUUACAGAGUUCAAAUGGACACCUGGACUUGUUCCUCCGCUUCCUCCUGGGUCUUUCACUGCAGACCAAUCAGACUCUCCUACGAGGUCUGCUGACACAGACAGGAAGUAGCUCACAGACCAAUCAGGAAACAGUCCAGUACAUCAAGAAGAAGCUCACUGAGAAUCUGUCUGCAGAGAAAAGCAUCAAUCUGCUCCACUGUCUGAAUGAACUGAAUGAUCGUUCUCUACUGGAGGAGAUCCAACAGUCCCUGAGAUCAGGAAGUCUCUCCACAGAUGAACUGUCUCCUGCUCAGUGGUCAGCUCUGGUCUUCAUCUUACUGUCAUCAGAAAAAGAUCUGGAUGAGUUUGACCUGCAGAAAUACUCUGCUUCAGAGGAGGCUCUUCUGAGGCUGCUGCCAGUGGUCAAAGCUUCCAACAAAGCUCUGCUGAGUGUCCCUGAUCUCUCUGAAAGAGGGUAUGAAGCUCUGUCCUCAGUUCUCAGCUCCCAGUCUUCUACACUGAGAGAGCUGGACUUAAGUAAAAACAACCUGCAGGAUCCAGCAGUGAAGUUUCUUUCUGCAGGACUGAGAAGUCCACACUGUAAACUGAAUACUCUGGGACUGAGUCACUGUAAGCUCUCAGAGAGAGGCUAUGAAGCUCUGUCCUCAGUGCUCAGCUCCCAGUCCUCUAGUCUGAGACAGCUGGACCUGAGUAACUCUGACCUGCAGGAUUCAGGAGUGAAGUUUCUGUCUGCUGGAGUGAAGAGUCCACACUGUAAAAUGGAAACUCUCAG